GUUCGAGUAUUGUCCCCCUUUUAUCCAAAUGCCCCUUUGAAUACAUGUGAGCAAGGACUUCUACCUAAGUUGUGAGGGUUUAAACAGUACCUAGUACGAGAAGACAAUAAUUUGACAAUGAUACUUUGACAAUACCUUUGUAGUGAUUUGACAGUAUCUUUGUAGUGAUUCGACGAUAAUAUUUUGACAAUAUUUUGGUAGUGAUUUGACAAUAAUACUUUGACAACACCUUGACAAUGCUUUUACAGUGAUUCCACAAUACUCUGACAAUAAUCUGCUAUUAUAUAACAGCCACGGUGCGUCGUGCUAGAGUCAUCACCCUUCGUGCACCAAGAUUAAUUAAUUCCCAACUCAAAACAUACACCUUUAACACUUUCAUAAUCUACCCAUAACAGGAUUCAACAUUUUACGAUUAUGGAAAAAAUGGACGCCCACAACGGCCCUCGAGAGGGUUCUCUCGCGACCGCACCAGCUGAGUUGAUCCAAGCGAUUGGACGCAACUUUAACACUCAGCGACAGCUUCUCGAGUUCGCCUGCACUUGUAAGAGUGCCUAUCCCGCUGUCGGCCUGUACCAAAUGGUACAAAUGGACGUCAAACGACAACGGACGGAAAUCCCACAAAAGCUACCCAGCUGGCGACCCAGUUGGCGACCGGCAGUUCUCUGGGCCAUCGAAUCAGGGAAAGACAUAAACUAUAUUAUGUACUGCAUCGAGUUAUACCAAGACAUGUCUAUCAACGCCAUCCAUGGUAUGUGGUACCCUAAGAUCCGAAAUGGAUCCUCAUAUUUCCCUUCGCCAGCAUACAUGGCUUUGAAGGAAGGAAGAGUUGAUCUUUUUGAAGCGCUGCUCCGACGCGGCGCUAAUCUCACGCCUGGGAAUAUAGACAAUCGUACCGACGCAGUAGGAAGGAAUCCCCAGCAUAUCGCCGGGGAGAUAAGUUUACGCAAGUCUCAAUACACUUUGUUUAGAGGCGCUUGCGAGUCAGGCCGCGAAGAUAUCGCCAGACUCUUGAUAUCUAAAGGUGUUCCUCGGAACUUCUGGGACCUAUGGUUGGCUGCCAAAGCCGGCUUUUUCGAUAUUGUCAACCAAUUCCUGACCGAUACUCCCCAAGCUGUGAUCGAGGGGACGGUGUUCCAUAUCAUCAGCCGGCACAAGAGCUUCGAAAAUCUGGAUAUUAUUAUGUCCCUUUUAGGUGCCAUCCCCAACCGGGAAGAGAGAGCAACGUACGUGGAAUGGCUUAUUCAUUCCAUGAUAAGCACGCCGACAAGCCAUUCUCAGGAGCAAGUGCCGUAUACCACCAAUACGAACGACUUGGCCGCCCGGACGAUCUACUUAUUGAAGAUCUACGUUAAACUGGUCCGUGAUAGGCCAAUCGAUUCGGCCAUUCUAGCCAAGGCAGCUGUCGAAACCCGAGAAGACAGAGUUGAAGUCCUCAAAUACCUGCUUUCAGGGGGGGCAUGGAGAAUAGGUUUCGGCCGAUGGGAUCGGUUGGAUCGCAAGAAAGAUCUCAUGGAUAUUGCCGCAGGCGCGGGUUCCACUGAGCAAGUUCGAUUUCUCGCGAGAUUAAGUGGAGUCAACUACACUCUGGACCACUUAACAUCCGCUAUAAACUUAAACAAUACCGAAAUAAUGAUCGACGCGAUCGACUCGGGUGUCCCAGCCAACUCGAUUUGCACAGUCGAAUCAAUGGUGUUGAAUAAGUACGAUGAGUAUGAGUAUUCAGUCAAACACAUGCCACUGCUGGAAUACGCACUGGUGACUCGGCGUUUCAAGAAUCUUCUUCCGCUGUGCUGUCUUCUGUACUAUGGGGCGGACUACAGCAAAGUCUCGAACGCAAAGCAUACGCUGUGGCCUUAUUUGUGGUAUAGUGGUGAUUGCUAUCAAUAUCUGUCCCACCGCAACCAGAGCGACAUUUACGUACCACCUCGCCCACUCGAGCUUGCCCACAUAAAAACCAAAGGUAAAUACGAUUACCAGGAAGGGCCGGAGUAUUAUGAACUGGUACACACAGUGGCGAGCCUUCUCCUUGGCGAGGAUUAUUGGACAGAGCUCCAAAAACGAGGUGCUGACUUCGAAAGACGGCAGCAGGAGCGGGAGGACCAUGAGCGUACUAUUCAGUCAUCACAGGGGGAUCCAGACUCUCUCGACGCUGAAUCGUCGUUGUAGGUAUAAGAGACGAAUAGAUAUUGGAGUACGACGGGGACUUAGCUUCCAACUCC